AUGGCUGAUACUUGCACAACGCCCGCCGGUGGGAAGCCGUUUUCCUUUGGCCUGGAGCCCAAGACACUUGCCAUAGCUGCAACGCUCUUGGCUUCGUCGCCAUUCUUCCUCGUCGUUUUUGUCCCCAUCAUCGUCCGCCGAAUCGGUCGCUUUCUAGGUUUCACCUUGCGAAAGAAAACAGAUGGUCGCCGUGCACAACUCCUCUCCGUUAUGGAUCAAGAGGACCAAGAAUACUGGAAAGAGAACCCCAAACUGAAAACGAGCUCUAGCGGGGAGUGGGAAGCUGUCCAAACUACUGGUACCGACCUCAAGGCAACCACCAAAGAUGGCAAGCCACAGAAGGACUGGGAUGGCAUUAUUGGAUUCUUCCACCCUUUUUGCAAUGCUGGAGGCGGCGGAGAACGAGUACUCUGGGCUGCCAUUCGCGCGACACAGGAUCGCUGGCCGAAGGCCAAGUGUGUGGUGUACACUGGCGAUCAUGACGUGACCAAGGACGAUAUAUUGCAUCGCGUGGAGAGCAGGUUUAAUAUUCAGCUGCAUGCGCCGACCGUCCAGUUCCUUUACCUUUCCAAAAGACAUUGGGUUCUUGCUUCGAGUUGGCCGCACUUUACCUUGCUCGGGCAGUCGAUUGGCUCCAUACUUUUGGCUUGGGAUGCCUUUUCUCUACUGGUUCCGGAUAUUUUCAUUGACACCAUGGGAUACGCAUUCGCCCUGGGUUUGUCCAAGUUUCUGUUUCCAAAGAUCCCUACUGGCGCAUAUGUGCACUACCCUACUAUUUCCACCGACAUGCUUGAUUCUCUCGACCCGACGUCUGUGGUGGGCUCACAAGGUGUGAAUGCUGGCCAGGGCCAGGGAACUCGUGGUCUUGCCAAGAAGACAUACUGGCACCUCUUUGCAAAGGUAUAUUCAUGGGUUGGCUCGUCGAUUGACGUUGUCAUGACCAACUCUACCUGGACACAGGCACACGUCAAGAGUUUGUGGGGUCCAUAUCGAGUUCAAAAGGAUCGAAACAACCCUAUUGCAGUUGUGUACCCGCCCGUCGCAGUUCGCGAGCUGGAACAAGAGGUGGAAGUAUCGGAGGCGAGUGAGAAGAAGCGAGAGCAGGUCCUCGUCUAUAUUGCGCAGUUCCGACCCGAGAAGAACCACCAACUCAUCUUGCAAUCCUUUGCAAAAUUCCUAAAGUCCAAAACCAAGGCUGCCGAGAAGGCCCGCCUGGUCCUUAUUGGAAGCGUCCGAGAUGACCAAGACUCCAAAAAGGUGUACCAACUACGACUCCUUGCUAACGAGCUCGGGAUCAAGGACCAAGUGGAAUUCCAUCUUGACGCUUCGUGGCCAGAGAUUCUCGAGUGGCUGAGGAGGGCCUCUGUUGGUGUCAACGGCAUGUGGAAUGAGCAUUUUGGCAUCGGAGUAGUUGAGUACCAAGCAGCAGGUCUCAUUUCGGUUGUCCACAAUAGCGGUGGACCAAAGCUCGACAUUGUAAUCGAGGUGGACGGUGAACCAACUGGUUAUCACGCAACCAACGAAGAAGAAUUCGCCGAAGGCUUUGAGAAUGCCCUGUCCCAGUCCAAUCCACUCGCCAUGCGCAAACGUGCUCGCAAAUCAGCGACAAGAUUCACAGAAGAAGAAUUUGCCAAGAAAUGGAUUUAUGAAACAAGCCGCCUGGUAGCAAUGAGAAAAUAA